AUGCCAAAAAGCACAAGAAACAUCUCCAAAGAGACCAUCACUGCCCUCUCCGACGCGCCAACACCACCCCCAGGCAAGAUCCUCCAAAUCCGCUCCGGAAAAGUCAAAACUCUCGUCGCCGAACCGUCCGGCAUCUUCAAACAAGUCCAACGCGGCCGUGUCUUCGUCAACGAGCAUGGUAUCGGCAACGACGAGCACGUCUACCCCAUCCACUGGAGCCCCGACCGCGCGCUGCACCAGUACGCCUCGGAGCACUACGCCUCCUGGCGCUGCGAGGAUGCAUGCCCCAAGCCGGAGCUCUUCGACUACGGCGCCUUCGGGGAGAACAUCGUCGGUACGAACAUGAACGAAGAGAACGUCUGCGUCGGCGAUAUUUACCGGAUUGGCAAGGAAGUCGUGGUCGAGGUGAGCGAGCCGCGCAGCCCGUGCUAUAAGCUGAACCUGCGCUUUGAAUGGGGCAGGGCGCUGAAGCGCGUGAGUCGCACGGCGCGGACGGGGUGGAAUAUGAGAGUCAAAACGGCGGGUUACAUCUGCGCCGGCGAUGUGAUACAGCUUGUGGAGCGGCCUCAUCCGCAGUGGUCGAUUCUCAACAUCAAGCGCGUGAUCCAGGGGAAGAAUGUCGCGCUGCCUUUGGUGGCGGAGCUGUGCAAUUUGGACGUGGUGACGAGCAUGGUCCGCGACUUUGCGCAGAACCGCCUGCAGUCGACGCCGAAGAGGUACGAAGUCGUCGGCAUCACACCCGUCACGUCGCGGGUCAAGCAGUUCAUCUUCCAGCUCCGGGAGCCCUUUACGAUUAACGAGCCCGCGUUUAGAGAGUUUGCGUUUGCGCAGAUUGAGUUUGGGACGAACGAUGAGAGGUAUUCGCGUUCAUACUCGAUUGUGUCGGGCGACUUGAACCGGUUUUCGCUUGGUGUGGCCCACGACGAUCAUUCCAGGGGCGGAUCGAAGUAUCUUCACACGAAGCUGAAGGUCGGGAAUAUGAUUACCAUGGCCCCUGGCGGGGUUCCGAAAGCCGUGGAGGACGAGCAGAAAUGCAUCAAGGAUGGGCUGGUUGAGAAACGACUCGUUAUUAUCGGGGGCAUUGGCGUCACGGCAUUUCUCCCCAAGAUUGCCGAGUGGGAGAAGAAGGACAUUGACUACGAGGUACAUUACGCAACACGAAGCCGCAACGAGGCUGCUUUUCUGGAACGCUUUCCCGACGAAAAGAUCACACUCUAUGCCAAAACCGAAGGCAAGCGCCUGGACUUGAACACCCUGAUCCCGGGUCCUGACAGAGAUGGAAAGGACACCACGAGAAUUUACUGCUGCGGUCCAGAAGGACUGAUGAACGCCGCUCAGAGACGAGCCGAAGACCUGGGAUACCCAGACCACAUGCUGCACUUCGAGAGCUUCGGAGCGGACUCCGCGGGCACGAAGGGCGAGCCGUUCACCGUCGAAGUGAAUGAGCUCGAGUCACGACGGAAGGAGAAGUUGGACGUACCCUCCGACAAGACGCUGUUGACGGUGUUACGGGAGGCAGGCUUCGACAUGACGUUUUUCUGCGAAAUGGGCGGCUGUGGUGCCUGUAAGGUGGAUGUUUGCGAUGGAAAGGUUGACCACAGAGGCACGGCGCUCUAUCCCAAAGAGAAGAAAACCAAUAUGCUCAGCUGCGUGAGUCGCGGGAGUGGGCACAUCAAGAUAGAGCUAGAUUGA